CCGAGGACAUCCUGAAAGCAGACCUUUUGGUCAGCCAGGCCAACGGCAACAGGCAAGAGUCAGUUCUCCUUAAAGUCAAGGAGGACAUGCUGGAGACUGCCAAGCAGCGGCGGGUCGCAGAGCAAGCCUUGUUUGAGGAGGCCGAGCAGCUUGAGCUCAAGCGCAAGGCCAAUGCUACCAAGAAGGUUGAAGUUUCCAGCGCAGCCCUGGAAAAGUUGCAGUGUGAAAACUCCAUUGCAAAAGCCAGAGAGACCAUGCAGUCCAUGGCCCGAAAGACAAAAGCCCAGUACGGGACCUUGAAGCAGGAGGUCUUGGAAGUCAACCCCGAUGACGAAACCAUCGUCAACGAGCUCAAAGACAAGACAGCCCACUUGGAGGAGCUCUUGCAGAACCAGGAGUUGUACUGCGAUAAGGAAGCUGCCCAGCACUGGCACAACCUUUUCAUGAACAUUAGUUCCUUCCUGAAGUCCUACGCCGCCAGCACCGAGAGCAAGAACAUCAAGGACUGGAUGUCUUCAACUAGGCAGUGGUCCGCCGAUGUGAAGAAGAAAGCCAACAAGAGAAAAAAGGAUGCUGCCUCCGACGCUGCCAAAGGCAGCAAGAAGCAGAAGACCCCCUCCCUGCCUCCCGGCGUAAACACCGGGUGGGGCAAGGAAGUCCACAGCCAGAUGCUGCACAACCAUGCCAAGGAGGAUCUUGGCUGGAAAAGCGAUGCAACCGGUUGGAUGCGCCUCGAGAACGCUGACCAUUGCUUGGUGCUUCCAGAGAAGCAGCAGGAAGGUUGGAAGAAGAAAGGGCCUGAGAUCAACACAAGCAUCGUGGCCAAGCCUCAAGUCCAAAGCAGAAUGGACAAAGAUUGGACCAAAUUGUUGGGAUCAGCUGCCGACCACCUCAUGGACAUCAAUGUGGAUGCAGACUUGAAAGAGAUUUUCGUGCCCAUGUUUUGGUCUAUGGGUAGCACGUGUCUGGGCUUCAAGUUGCAGACGGACGAUUUGAAGGACGGCUGGCAGAACUUCUGCGACAAGAUCCUGCAAACAAGUCCAAAAUCAUUCUUGAAGCGAUGCCAGCAGAGAGGAUGGCUCGUGCAACUCACGCCCGGCAAGGUUUUAGGCAUUCCUCCAGGCCAUGUGUACCUCCACGUUGCAGAUGGAGAGUGUCACGGGGCCAGGAUUCUGAAGCUCACCACCGGUGGCAUGAAGAGAACAAUUGGUAAUCUCACCUCCAAAGUGGCAGAUAACAAAGAGCUCAAAACCAUGCGCGCAGGCAGGCUGCUGGAUGUGCUCAUGACCGAUACCGACACCACAACUGGCGUCACAACAGAUAGCACCGAUCUGCUGCAAUUGGCACUCGAGGAUGCUGUCCUGUCGCAAGAUGACUGA